GUCCAAAUAGCCAUUUAACAUAACAUAAUACGCUGCUAAGAAAUGCAAAACAAUGAAGAUAAAUAGAAGCCAAGACGACAACAAAUCCAACGUAAAAUAAUUAAUUAACUCAUUUGGGCCUGUUCGUUGCUUUGCCGUGGGCCGUGGGCCGCAAUGGAGGACAACGGCAGCAUGUGUAAAAGUGUGAAGUUUGCAGCCGAAUCUGUUGUUCCCGAGACAUCGACGGCAGCCAAUGCAGCCAGCACAUCCACCAGCAAUGGCAAGGGUGUGCAGUUCAAGUUGGCAGCCGUGGCCGAGCCCGAGGAGCUGCUCGGCUCGGUGACGACACAAAAUUGCCCGGGCACCCGAGCGAGCGCGCGCGUCAUACAGAAGAUGAAGUUGGAUCUGACGCGUCCGAUGACACCGCCGCCGGUGGAGCGUGAGCACAGCAAGAAGGAGGAGAAGGCCGCCCAGAAGACGCCAUCGCAGCUGCGGGCGGCCAGCAAAACGACCUGGACAAAUCUGGAACGCAACUGUUUCUUCGAUGCGCUCAACGAGUUUGGCAAAGAUUUCGAGGCGGUGGCCAAUUGCAUCAAUGCCAAGCUGAAGCGUCGCAACUCCAGCAGCGACUAUAGCUUCAAGACCAAGGACCAGGUGCGCCAGCAUUACUAUCAGACAUAUCACAAGAUUGGCAAAUAUGUGCGCUUCACCGAUGAGCUCAAGAAGCCCGCCCAGGAGCUCUACACGCUCAUCAACUAUGGCGAGAUGAGGCGCAAGCUGCAGUUCCUCACGGAGAAGCACUUCAUGAAGCUGAAGCAACUUAUCUACCAGGGCCACAUCACGGUGCGCAGCAAGGGCAAGAAUAUACGCAUCAAGACGCCCUCGUGUAAGGCGCUGCGACGGCUUAAUCAGCUGGACGACACAUUGGAGGACAUUCGCCUGCCCAGCAAGAUCGAAGUGCUGGUCAGUCCGGCGAACAUGGACGCCUUUGGCCGUGUCCAGGCGCUCGCCCAGAAUCCACGCGGGCGAGCCAUUGUGCCGCUGCACAAGAAGCUCAUCACGUUCAUCAAGACGUUUCAGUACAAAUGGCGCAGUCCGGACGCCCGCCUGGCGGAGCAGCAUCUCCAAUCGAGCAGCGCUACUGCCGCCACUACCAGCACCAGCACCAGCGCCCCCGCCGCUGCCGCUGCCACUGCCGGCAGCGCAGAGCCGGCCGAGACGUACACGGAGCCGACGGUCUGCUUUCUGCCCAAGCCAGGCGUGCCCAUACACCGGCCGCUGCUCAGCAUUACGGCGUACUUGAGCAGCGUCAACAUCUGCCUGGGCGCCUACGAGGAGCGUCUGGGCGUCAAGGUGCGCAGCGAGACACUGGACAGCACCGCAGCUGCUGCAGCGGCAAGCGCCAAGCGGGCACGCACCGAGAGCGGCUCGGAGAAGCGUUCGCCAGAGACAAAGAAGCUGAAGCCGCAGUCCAGUCCGGCGCACGACAAGUCCAUGGACGAGCUGGCCGAGGCGAGCAAUCAGGUGAAGCUAGAGAGCAGCAGCGGCGACGAGCUGAGCGAGGAGAUCAACGAUUUGCUCACAUCCACAAGCGCUGGCGGUACAGCUGAGUCAGCCGAGAUAGCUGCUCCGCCGCCGCCCGCACCGCCAGCCCCAGCACCAGCUCCAGCUCCGGCUCCGGCUCCGUCACGAGCCAAACGCAGCGAUGGCCCCGGCGCUGGCGGCGGCAAGGGCGCCAGGGCAGCGGCUGCAGCGCGCAACUUCAAGCCGCUGCUCAGCGACGACGUGAUCAAGCGCAUACGCCGCGGCUGGACGAUAGCGAACUCGGCGGACAUCACCAUCGGGGAUCUGUACGUGGUGCUGGGCCAGGACUCCAAGCUGGAGCUCGAGUAUUACUGGUGUGAGCCGGAGGUGGGCACGUCGAGCAGCGCCACAGGCGUCAGCGCCUCGACGUCCACGUCCUCCUCGUCGUCAGCUUCGACAUCGCUGCCCUACAAUGCCAACGACUGUGAUAGCGUGGAGCGCGUCAAGGCCAUCAAUACGGCGUCGGUGAGCAACAAGCUGAAGCAUCUGCUGCUCGUCGCCAAUCUCAGCGAGCGUGUGCGCAAGCGCCAGUGCAGCUGCGGCCACAGCUGCGAUCGCAAGCGCGAUCUCAUCACGAAGGCACGCUGGAUGAGCAAUCUGGGCGGCUCUGGGCCCGGAGCGGCAGCGGGCGGUGCAGCUGCGGCAGCCAGCGCCAACUCUGGCGAUGGCAAUGAGGUUGUCUUUCGCACGCCCAUGCUGCCAGUGCGUCGACCCAUGGUCAACAUCAUUGAUCCAGUGCGUCAGCUGAGCAAGCUCUCGCGCCAGAAGCUCUCACGGCAGGUGCUGGUGCAGCGUUGCCUCCUGCCGCCCUCCUCGGUGGAUCAGCCGUACGAUGUGCUCAGUCUGCGGAAUCUGCAGAACGGACUCUUCGAGCCCAUCGACCGCGUCAGCAGCAGCAGCAACGCAAACGACAACGAUGAGAUCAACGCUGUGAUAUCCAAGCUGAAUGCAAUCAGCAGCAGCAACGCCAGGCAGCAGCGGGCAGAAGCCGAGGAUCGCAACAGCAGCAGCAGCAGCAGCAGCGGCAUGGGCAGCAGCAUCAGCACCAACACCAACAGCAACAGCAACAGUACCAGCGGCAGCGGCGAUGGCGACGCCAAUAAUAGCCAUAACAACAACAACUACUACAACAGCAUGGAAUGCAGCGGCUCGGGCGUCAGCGGCCUGGACAUGCCCAACUUGGACUUUUGCGCAGAGCCAACAGCACUGCCAGCCACAAGCACAACACUGCCCGAGGAUGUGCAGGACGAAAGCACCUCUCAAAGCUUCUUCAAUGGCAGCGUCAGUCCGAUGCAUUUGCUGCGCGACUCCACGUCCAAUGCACGCUGGCUGGAGGAGAAUAUCAAUGACUUUUCGCUGACCAGUUUGCUGGGGCAUCUGGAUGAUUUUGAUGCCACGCGCGAUAUACUGGAUCCUUCGUCUACGAUGUCGGUGAUCAGUGAGAGCAGCGUGGAUUAUCGUCACAAGUUUCAGGAGAUUUCGGCUUUGCUGCAGCAGCAGGAGAAGGAUUAACACACUGGAAAUUGGCCUCUAGAUCUUCUAGGGAUUAACACACAUACAUACACACACACACUCACACACACACACACACACUACGUUGGCGUUCUUGAAUUUGAUUUGUUUUCGUAUUACUAUCAAUUAGAGCAAAGAAUAUGCUAUUCCAAAACAGAAAAGGAAACUAAUUCUAACACGGAUAUUAUUAAUGUUAAUUUCAACAUUUUCAAUAUGUAUCUGUAUACAGAUGUAUAUUCACAUAUAUAUCUAUAUCUAUAUUUUAAACACAUUACAUUUAUCUUCAUUACUACACUAAGCCUUGUGAUUUUGAAAUUGUUCUUUUACGUUACGUUUAAUACUAAUAUUAAUACCACUUAUAUGAUACUUGGAAACAAACAUACACAUGCUCGAUAUUUAUUUCAUACAUAUUAACUAUACCUAAGUAUUACAAGCACUCACAUUGUCUUACGUUGUCCAACCCGAACUGAACGGGGUUUCGAUUUCAUAAUUUUUUUUUUUUUUUUUUUUUUUUUUUUUUUUUUUUUUUUACUUUUUUGUGUUGGUUGUAGCUCUUAGAUUAGCUUAGUUAUUAGAAAUUUAGUCGCGAAUAAGUUGUAUUGUAGUUGUAGUUGCGAAAUCUUCAUAUAAUCAUAAUAAUAAAUAACAGUUUACCCUGUGUAUAUACGCCCGAAGAA